AUGUAAUAGAGAAAGAUCUAUUGUUUUGGAAUUUAUCCCCUUCUGUAAUUUCUAUAGAAUUUUCUCCUUCACUUCCUUUCUUUAUUCAACUACUUUUAAUCUAUUUUUAAUAAAGUCUUACUAGAUUUCUUCAAUAUUAUUCUACACAAAAUAUAUCUCUAAAUUAAUUAUUUUCAUUUUCUAUUUUUUCAAUCUUUUUACAAUCAUAUUUUUCUUAAUCAGGCCUAAAAUGAUAUAGAAACAAUUAAAAAACAUACAUUUUAUGAUUUUCUUCAUUCUUUUCCUCCAAUCCCCAAUUAAUAAUUAUAAUUAUCUUUGAUAGCUUGUAGCUUAGAGAAAAUUAAUUUCUUGUAUUACUACUCUCUUAUAAUAUUGUUGUUCGGAAUUUUAUUGAGCAUGUGUUUUCACAUCUUAAAGUAAUUAUAGUAGGAAAAAUUUAAUCUUCCUAUUCGAAUUAUUCAAAAUUUGGUCUUUGAUAUUUGCUUCUUUAUAUAUUUAUUAAAUCUCUUCCUAAAUUAAAUAAUAAUGAAUUCUCCAUUAUUUUACUUUUACACUUUUUUGUAAGGGGAUUGCUUAAGAUCUAGAAUUCGCCACUUUUUUUAAUUUGUUAUAUCUUCAGAAAAAUGUUUAUUACUUAAUUUAUUAUGGAUUGAAAAUUUAUUAUCAUCCUAGACCUUUUUUUUCUUUACAGUUUUAAUAAAAUACUUAGAUACAAAGACCAUUUACUAAUGA